AUGAGGUGUCCUUAUUUCUAUUCAGAGCGGAGAAUAAUGUUAGUGCAGGGUUCAGAACAAUUAGUGCGGGACAACGGCGACUCCACUCAGCUCUGUCGCAAUCCCCGUCGCAAUCUCCAUUGCCGACCUGUACAGUAUAGCCAUGCCCGUCUACAGCAAGGAUCGAACAAUUCUCUUUCAAGCCCCAACUUUGCCGCCCUCCCUUCCCUUCACCUUCCUCUAUUCCAAGCCAUGGCUGCAUUUGUAGGUCCAUCCUUUACGUCGCUGGUAUCCGUCCCAACUCGUCGUCCCUGUACCGCUCGCUCGAUUUGCGUCCCACGCCGUUCCCGCUUGGAAGCAUCAACCAAGCCCGCCGAAAUCCCUGGAGGUUCGCAUCUGGAAUCCCUGUCUCAUGAGUCUGACUUGUCUCGUAGUCUUUCCAACUUGCGUUUUGGCUAUGAAAGCGAGUCCAUCUCUUCAUCACCGCAAUUGAUCCCCCCUUGUAAGCUGCGUUACCGCUGCGCUCAGGGUCAUAUAGUUUGCGCGAAACGUGGCUCCCUUGCGUGUCGCUUCUGCCCAACGUGUUGCCACCAAAUGGCAGACCCUUCUGUCUCCCACCGCGGUCGUCGCUUGUCUUUGUUUGAGGUGCAGGCGGUGGCGUUUUUGCGCGGCGGUACUCUAGUUUCUACUGAAUACAAGGAUGCGCGUACCCCGCUGGUGUGGAAGUGUGGCCAAGGUCACUUCUGGAAGGCCAGAUUGACAAACAUUAGGAAUGGAGGUUCAUGGUGCCCUGAAUGUGCAAGGCUCAGCAAGAAAUUGACUAUGAAAGACAUGCACCAGCUUGCUCGAGACAAGGAUGGUGUGUGUUUGAGCACCGAGUACAUUUCAGAAUACGUCAAGAUGAAAUGGCGGUGUAAAGAAGGUCAUGAAUUUCUCCUAGAGCCUAACAACAUGAGGCGGAAGCCCAACGGCGCAAGAAAGUCUUCUUGGUGUAAAUUAUGUCAAAAAAAGAAAGCCUCUCUUGAACGCAAAGAAAGGACAAGAGUUGAGGCUGAGAAACAAGCGAAGACCACAGUCGGUUCGCAACUAUAG